AGUUUUGGGAGACUGUUCCUCAUUCACCAUUCCGAUUGCAAAUGGGAAAUGACAUUAGAAUUGAAUUUUUAUAAUACAUUGAAUUGAAUUCAACUUCUGUCGUCAUUGACGUCACCACGAGGCCAUAAGGUGGCAAGGGAGCAAGUGAGGACGGGAGCUGGGAAGCAUUCCAGAACUGUUCGAAAUCGAAAGUAUGAACAACAGCCUUUGCUGAAACACUGCAGUGCCGUUUGAGAAGAAGUUUGAGAAAAGAAGUUUGAGGAACAGUUAAGUAAUGAGGUGAAGUGCUGACAUCUGGUGGAGGAAAGGGUCAGUACGGGCUCCUCAGGAUGAGUUCCCCUGGUAACCAGGAGUCCCAGCUUGGACAGGAACUGGCAGCUCACUCUCAUAGUGGCAUAGAGAAGAGACCAGGGUCUCCUACAGGGAGCUGUGUGUCCAUGAGGAGUGACAAGUCAAAGGAUGAGCCACUCAGGUUCAAAGGGGCGGAACCUCCACCUGACCAAAGUGGCAAAGAGAAGAGACCAGGGUCUCCUACAGGGAGCUGUGUGUCCAUGAGGAGUGACAAGUCAAUGGAUGAGCCACUCAGGUUCAAAGGGGCGGGACAUCCACCUGGCCUCAGUGCAAUAGAAAAGAGAUCAGGGUCUCCUACAGGGAGCUAUGUGUCCAUGAGGAGUGACCAAUCAAAGGAUGAGCCCCUCAGCUUCAAAGGGGCGGAACCUGCAUCUGACCAAAGUGGCAUAGAGAAGAGACCAGGGUCUCCUACAGGGAGCUGUGUGUCCAUAAGGAGUGACAAGUCAAAGGAUGAGCCACUCAGGUUCAAAGGGGCGGGACAUUCACCUGGCCUCAGUGGCAAAGAGAAGAGACCAGGGUCUCCUACAGGGAGCUGUGUGUCCAUGAGGAGUGACAAGUCAAUGGAUGAGCCACUCAGGUUCAAAGGGGCGGGACAUCCACCUGGCCUCAGUGCAAUAGAGAAGAGAUCAGGGUCUCCUACAGGGAGCUGUGUGUCCAUGAGGAGUGACCAAUCAAAGGAUGAGCCCCUCAGGUUCAAAGGGGCGGAACCUGCAUCUGACCAAAGUGGCAUAGAGAAGAAACCAGGGUCUCCCACAGGGAGCUGUGUGUCCAUGAGGAGUAACCAGUCAAUGGAUGAGCCGCUCAGGUUCAAAGGGGCGGGACCUGCAUCUGACCAAAGUGUGUCCUCUGGACCGGUGCAGUGUGAUGUCUGCUCUGGGUAUGCAGUGAAGCGCUGUCUGACCUGCGAUGACAACUACUGUGAGGUCCAUGUGAAGGAACACCUCAGAGAACUGGACAACCACGAGCUACAGGAUCUCCAUCACCACAGCCUCUGCCCACAGCAUCACAAAGAGCUGGAGUUCUACUGCAGAACCGAUCAAUCAGCAAUCUGCUCACACUGCUUACUUGACAGUCACAGACAACAUGAUGUCAUCCCACAGAAAAGGAUGACAUCUGGUUGA